AUGUCUUCUAACAACAGGAAAAAGCUUUUGCUUAUGGGCCGUUCUGGCUCCGGUAAGUCAUCAAUGAGGUCAAUUAUCUUCAGUAACUACAGUGCAUUUGAUACAAGGCGUUUAGGGGCAACUAUUGAUGUGGAGCAUUCCCAUUUGAGAUUCUUAGGGAACAUGACUUUGAACCUUUGGGAUUGUGGUGGUCAAGAUGUAUUCAUGGAAAAUUACUUCACGCAACAGAAGGACCACAUCUUCCAAAUGGUUCAAGUAUUAAUUCACGUUUUCGAUGUAGAAUCAAAGGAUGUGUUGAAAGAUGUUGACAUCUUUACCAGAGCUUUGAAACAAUUGAAGAAGUAUUCGCCGGAUGCCAAGAUUUUUGUUCUUGUUCAUAAGAUGGAUCUAGUGCAAUUGGAUAAACGAACAGAGUUAUUCGAUAUAAUGAUGAGAAAAUUGAAGCAAGCUUCAGCAGAAUACGGUUUCAAUGACCUAGUUGGAUUUCCCACAUCGAUAUGGGACGAGAGUCUUUACAAGGCAUGGUCACAGAUUGUCUGUUCUUUGAUUCCAAAUAUGAAUACAUACAACAACAAUCUAAAAAGAUUGAAAGAAUUAAUGGAUGCCAAGGAAAUUGUAUUGUUCGAAAAGACAACCUUCCUUGUAAUAUCCUCUAGUAACACAGCAAGCGGUGAACUUUUGGAUCCCAAGAGAUUUGAAAAAAUAUCCAACAUUAUGAAGAAUUUCAAACAUAGCACUACAAAACUUAAAAGCUCCUUCAAUACACUAGUGUUGAGUGAUUUGAUUUAUGUCACAGAAUUGUCUACAAACAUGAUGUGUUUCAUCGUGCUAAAUAACAACACAUACCCAAAGGAGUUUGUCUUACAAAAUCUUCAUCAAGCUCAGACAUACUUCCAAUGA